AUGGCCGACCCAAACUUGCUGCUGGAACAGGGGGUGUAGAACGCCAUACAGUACCAUUCUUUGAGCCCUAUCCUCGUCUCAACCAAAACAAUGUUGGCAUACGCUAGUAACGGUACCAGAGCAAGGGCGUUGUCUACGUCCCGUUCUUUUGCAACAGCAUUAAACCUAGAAUCGAUCAAAUCUCCACAAGGAUAUGAGGCUAGAACUCCACCUUAUGCAAAGCUUUUGAAGAACUUGAGCCAAGUUAAGCGUGUUCUAAACAACCAGCCAUUAACUUAUGCUGAGAAAAUCUUGUAUUCACACUUGGUCAACCCAGAUGAACUCGCAUCGAACAUCAAAGAUAUCAGAGGUGUUCAGUACUUGAAACUUAACCCAGACAGGGUCGCUAUGCAAGAUGCAUCUGCACAGAUGGCACUAUUGCAGUUCAUCACAUGCGGUAUGGCAUCGACUGCUGUUCCUGCUUCUAUCCACUGCGAUCAUUUGAUUGUUGGUAAGAAUGGUGCAGAAGAAGAUUUGACCAGUUCCAUUGCAACCAACAAAGAAGUCUUUGAAUUUCUCAGAUCAUGUGGUGAGAAAUUUGGCAUCCAGUUCUGGGGUCCGGGCUCUGGUAUUAUCCAUCAGAUUGUCCUUGAGAAUUUUUCGGUCCCAGGUUUGAUGAUGCUAGGUACAGACUCUCACACUCCUAACGCUGGUGGUUUAGGUGCGAUUGCAAUCGGUGUCGGUGGUGCUGAUGCUGUCGACGCCUUAACCGGUACUCCAUGGGAACUUAAAGCCCCAAAAAUUCUUGGAGUCAAGUUGACUGGGAAAAUGUCUGGCUGGACUUCUCCAAAGGACGUCAUCACACAUUUGACAGGUAAGUUAACUGUUAGGGGUGGUACUGGAUACAUAGUUGAAUACUUCGGUGAAGGGGUGGAAACCUUAAGCUGUACCGGUAUGGCCACCAUUUGUAAUAUGGGAGCAGAAAUUGGUGCUACCACUUCGACUUUCCCAAUGCAGGAGGCACAUUACCAAUAUCUAGCUGCAACCAACAGAGGCCCAAUUGGAGAAUUAGCUAAAUCGGUUAAUAAUAACUUUGGUUUCCUCAAAGCUGAUGAAGGUGCUAAAUAUGACGAGGUCAUCGAAGUUGAUUUGAACACGUUGGAACCAAGUGUCAAUGGACCAUUCACUCCAGAUCUUUCGACCAAAAUAUCCGACCUUAAAGAUACUACCAAGAAAAAUAAUUGGCCCGAACAAAUUUCUGCAGGUUUGAUCGGUUCUUGUACAAAUUCUUCCUACCAAGACAUGACCAGAGCUGUGUCUAUUAUGCAGCAAGCAGAAGCUGCAGGGUUGAAACCUAAAAUUCCAUUUUUUGUUACUCCUGGUUCUGAACAAAUCAGGGCAACCAUGGAAAGAGAUGGUCUUAUUGAAGUUUUUGAAAAGAAUGAUGCUAUUGUUCUUGCAAAUGCUUGUGGUCCCUGCAUCGGUCAAUGGGAUCGUGGUGCAAAUGCUCCAAAGGAUGAUAACGUCAUUUUCACCUCUUUCAACAGAAACUUCAAAGCUAGAAAUGACGGUAACAGAAAAACCAUGAACUUCCUUACAUCUCCUGAUAUCGUUACCGCAAUGAUCUAUUCUGGUGAAAUGAACUUCAAUCCACUAAAAGAUUCCAUUGAUAUCGGAAAUGGUAAGAGUUUCAAAUUCAACCCACCUAAUGGUGAAGACUUACCUUCAAGUGGUUUCAUUAGAGGAAGAGAGGAGUUUUAUCCUGAACUCGAACCAAAGCCAAAGCCGGAAGUAGAGAUUAAUGUCAGUUCCGAGUCUGACCGUUUGGAACUUUUGGAACCAUUCAAGCCAUGGAAUGGUGAAGAACUAACGACCACUGUUAUAUUGAAAGUCGAAGGUAAAUGUACCACCGAUCACAUUUCAGCAGCUGGUGUGUGGUUGAAGUAUAAGGGUCAUUUGUCCAACAUUUCUAACAACACCUUGAUUGGUGCAGUUAACAAAGAAACAGGUGAAGUGAAUACUAUUUAUGAUCUAGAUGGUACCAAAUUCUCCAUCCCGGACCUCAUGAUGAAAUGGAAAGAAGAAAGUAGGCCAUGGAUUGUUGUUGCAGAGCAUAACUACGGUGAGGGAUCGGCAAGAGAGCAUGCAGCUUUACAACCUAGAUUCCUUGGUGGUCAAAUAAUCCUCACCAAAUCAUUUGCUCGUAUCCAUGAAACCAACUUAAAGAAGCAGGGAAUGUUGCCACUAACCUUCGCAAAUGAGGCUGAUUACGAUAAACUGAGUACUGGAGAUAUUUUGAAAACUUUGAACUUAAAAGAUAUGGUUGAGAAGAAUGGUGAUAAUGGUGGUAUUAUCAAGAUGCAGGUAACAAAGAAAAAUGGAGAAACUUUUGUCAUUGACUGUAAGCACACAAUGUCUCUUGACCAAGUGGCAUUCUUUAAAGCGGGUUCAGCUAUCAACUUCAUUGGUGAAUCUAAGAAAUAGAGCUCUUUAGAUUUAAUUAAAGUUUUAAAUAUUAUUAUUCAUUGUAUAUAAAGGUACAUUUAGGUAUCACUUCGAACUUUAUGAGAAGUGAAAAGUUUUAUUUAGUUUUUUUCACGUGGCUGUAUAGCACAGCUCAAUUUCCAACUCCUAUCAUCGUCCCUUGCAUUUGUUUGUUUAACUUUCCAUAUCUCCAACAAAAUUAAUUCCUGAAGUACAGGCACCCCAGUAAUAUCAAACAUAUCUGCAAAUGAAACAUCUUGGCUUUGAUCAAACUGACUCCUCAAGUUUUUGAUAGUC